UGGCAGUCAGUAUCAUCGAAAAUGUCAGUAGUUGUCCAGAUCCUUCUUUACGUUUGAACUGAAACACAGUAUUGCAGUUAAUUCGCGGAAUUAUCCAUAAGAUUUAUUGCUCAUAGUAAUUGUUUAAUUGAAAUGUGCAGUGUUUGUAAAAUUAUAAUUGUGCAACGUGCCUGUGGAGUGUCGUUAAGUGUUGAGUGUUCAGUGCUAGUGUAAAGUGUUGCGAAUUGCUGAUGCUGAUAACUUUUAAGUUCCUGAGCAAAAUCAUUUGGCAUCGUCUGGUGGGAAAUAGCAAUUAAGUGACGUUUCUUUAGCUGGAAUACACUUGGAGCAAUUUAAAUUAAAUCUUCAAGUGUAUUAGGACACCCUUCUGCAUAUUAUUACUCCACUAAGUUGUCGGCUGCAUUCAUACUCAUAAUCAAACUAAGUUUUUCUGGAAUGACCAUGAUAUUAUUUAGCUUAAUGAGGGGAUUUUAUGAAGAAAAUUAAGUGGCUCAGUGAAAGAAAAUGGCGGAAUUUCAAUCUACUCGGAAUUUUAUUGGCCACUAGAAUUGUAUACAAGUGGCUGGAACACUAGCAGAAGCAAAAGCAGGACUCGCUGGAGGAAGAGAAGGAUAAGAAGAAGGAGUCGGAAAUAGAAGCUGAAGUAGGAGUUUAAGGAACUGUAGAGCCAUAACGACAGUACAUUGAGAUAAUGGGUAUGGAGUAUGGUGAUACGGACAAGACAACAGCGGUAACAACCUACAAUCCAAAUGUUGAACAGUUUAUACGUCGGGAACAAGAUCGUCGAGUGGUACAAGAAGGUACUGCCAUGUGGAGGCGACGUAAAGAAGAAAUUUUACGUCAAAAACAUCAUGAGCAACGUCAAUUGAGACAUCUGCAAGCGACUUACUCGCCGUGGGGAAAACCGGGUGGCGGUGCUUUCUGUGAGAGUGCACUCAAGAAAAAGAAUGUUGUUCUUGAGCCAAUAUCGCCACCGCGUUCUUAUCAGGGUUGGACAACCAAGUCAUUUAUCACCCGCAUGUGCAACAACGAAAUAGACCCACUGGCAUUAACCAGCUCCGAGAAAUUAUUCGACUCAAAGUCUAGACCAGGAAUCACUCGUUCUCCGCGAUCUUCACCUCCACCUCUGGCUCUUCCUUCACCUAGACAGGUUUACUCCAGACCAUAUACGUCAAUAGACGUACCGAAUGAUGGCAACAAAAAUACCCAGGAUUAUGAAUUAACUGGUGGAGUUGAAUUAGUCCCGUUGCUUACAGCACGUAAAUGUCAUUCACACCCAAUUAAAUAUAUAAUCACCGAUGCAACACGACCCGGCUACACAAUAGACAGAUACCGUUCAUUGAAUAUUGAGAAUCGUGAUUACACAGCAGCCCUGUCAGAGCAGAUAUCUCGAAAGCGACAGCGCAUACUCGAGGAAAAACGUUUGGAACAAGAGAGCUGUCGUAGGCAUUUUGACACAUGGAGAAAAUUCUGGGGGCGACCAGGUCAUGGAGCGCCAAUAGAUCACGCUUAUAGAAAUGAUCUCCAUGCGAUAUUAUAUCGUCCUGCGGUAUAUUGAUCACAGUGUUGCAAUAAAAUAGCUUUAGACUUAACUACUCCGCUAAUUAUAAUGUUUGAUAAGUCGCGGCAGUAACUCGAUAAUUGAGUCAGAGUGAUGAUUAAAUGAAAACUAUAUUUAGUUGAGGUCUAGUUAUGUCAUUCGGAUCCAGACCUAAACCUGAAACUGGUCCUAGACCUGGAGCUAGUCCUGGUUCUGGAUUUAGAUCUAGAUUCAGAUUUUAGGGAAACAUGAAUUACGUAGAUGUAGUCGUAGGACUGAUGCUAAUUCACGAACAAUUUGCAUAAUGAUCCAUUGGAAACAGAUUGACCACGUAGAAGCGUGAAAGCUGUCAAGAGGAUAUAAUGGACCCAGUCACAUUAAUUAAUGACCGUAACAGUCUAGUCGUGAUGUUUGUGGCGGUGAUCCACCAGUCGAUGAAUACGUUGCACUCUAUUCAUUUGCCGAGACGUAUAAAUACUCCAGCCUUUGCUUUGUUAGAUUCGCUCGAGUUUCACGGUGGCUGCAGCAGAAACGAUUUUGACCCCUUCCGUUUAAAAGUCGAUUCUGUUUGCCUAGGGCUUUGUUUCAAAGAUCAACGAGGUGAUUGCUGUUUUUCCAACGUGUUUUAUUGUCAGUAGUUGGGCAGA